CUGCCCGCGAAAACGACGUGACGUCCAUCGCCUCCGCUCCGCAGCUCCCAAGCCCCAACUUGCGACCUCGUAUAAAUGGCGAGCAAUGGCCGCCCAGAUUCUAGCCUGCCUGUCAUACAAGCCGGGAACCAGAGAGCCCAGCGUUCCAUACUCCUGGAGAUAGAAAAUAUAUAGACAGAGCUCGUUACUAGUCGUAGCUAGCCAGGGCUAGCUGUAGCUGAAGUCAUCAUCAGAUAAAUAUAUUCAUCAGCCUGUAAUUAAUAGCUAGUUUUCAGUGGAUUAGCUAGCUUGGCAAUAUAUAUUUAACUAAUAAGGCGGCGGUGGCAUGGACGCGAUCAGCAGCCUGCUGCUGCAGGAGGGCUGGAGGAAGGGCCCGUGGACGGCGCUGGAGGACAGGCUGCUCACCGAGUACGUGCAGCAGCACGGCGAGGGCAGCUGGAACUCCGUCGCCAAGCUCACAGGGCUGCGCCGGAGCGGGAAGAGCUGCCGGCUGCGGUGGGUGAACUACCUCCGGCCGGACCUCAAGCGGGGGAAGAUCACCCCGGACGAGGAGACCGUCAUCCUCCAGCUGCACGCCAUGCUCGGCAACAGGUGGUCGGCGAUCGCGCGGUGCCUGCCAGGGAGGACGGACAACGAGAUCAAGAACUACUGGCGGACGCACUUCAAGAAGGCCCGGCCGUCGCGGCGCGCCCGGGCACAGCUGCUGCACCAGUACCAGCAGCAGCAGGAGGAGGAGCGCCGACAGUACCUCCAGAGCCUGCAGCUCCUGCAGCAGGAGCAGCAACAACAGCAGCUGCUCCUCCAGCAGCAGAGUCAGCAGCUGGUGGUGAAACAACAGCAGCUGGAGCAGCAAAGCCCGCCGGAGCCUGAUCACCAGGCCGUGAUGGCGAUGUUGGACAGCCAGCAGAGCACGGCGGAAUGCUACUGCAGCCCGGUGCCGGUGGUGCCAGAGCAGUGCUGCGCGCUCCCGGCCGACGACGACGACGCCAUGCUGUGGGAUAGCCUGUGGAGGCUGGUGGACGGGGACGGGCGCGGCUGCGGCGACGGCGACGACUCCAGCGGAGUCGCAUACUAGCCGGCUAGUACGUACGUGUGCGUGUCUAUACCAGUGUAAAAAAACAAAGCGGGAUGAAGAGGAGGUUCUUCAGGUUUCAGCUGCUGCAAGGCAAGGAUACUGCUAGUGGUAGUAGAGACAUGCUAAUUUUCCAACGAGAAUAGUUGAUCAUGUUUCAUGUUUUUUUUAUUUUACCCAUGAACCAUGAGCAAGUGGCAUUGUAUCAAAAGGCCCUCUGUUUACAAGGUCGAAAUACCUUCAUGUAACUUUGGUUUCAAGAAUAAAGACCGUGUUUUAGCAUGGAUUUAUUA